AAGGGGCUAAGUUGCAAAUACAGCAAAGCGAUAAGGUUUCUUAUCUUUCCUGCGUGGACACGAAUCAAUGGAUUCCUUUCGCUUCUAUUCAAUUUUGCUGUGCGAUGGCAAUCCGGCCGGUCGCUGCGGCCGCCGCAUAAUUUUCCGUUGUGGAGCCGAUUGAGGAGAAGGAGAUUGAGGGGUGGAUUCAGCCGCGUCGCCGCCUAGAGGACGAGCGCGCCGCGUGUUGCUAGGGGGAUUCGCGGCGCAUUGGCUUUGCUGCAGCGCGUCGCCUACGGUGUGGCUGGUGGCCGGAGCCCGAAGGGCGUCUCCGCGACGUCGGGAGGCACACGGAAGGUCGCACCAGCGGGAGCCGCCGUCGGUCGCCGCCUUCGCCGCGUCUAGGCGGCCAUGCCACCGCGAGGAGCCGGCCGAGGGCCACGGCCAUCUUACGAGGACCAGCGCCGGGGUCGGCGUCGCCUCUGCGCUCGUGGGGGCAAGGUCGAGGACCGCUGCCGCGGGUGUGCGAUGUGAGAGUUCGCCCCGAAGCGAGCCGAGGAGGGCCAGUGCGAAGACGCCGGCGGAGACGACUAAGCUUCGUCGCCGUUUACAGACGCCAAACAUGUCGGUUACAAGCUUUGUGCCUGUUCAGGACAGGCGCAAUGACGGUUCGCCAAAGUUUGCGUAGGGAGUGCGCGGCGUGGCCAACCGGCCGGAAGAGCUCGGAAGCUAAUCGAAUCGGCAGGCCACGGGAGUUUCGGGAGGGUGGACUGGGAUAGCAUGCAUGCGCCAGAAUCUGUACGGCCUGAGUCCGUACGCCGCCGCCCACGGACCAGACGCGUACGUUCAGCCUCGCCCUCGCCCCGCCUUUGCCGCUCCUAGGACCGCUCCCACCCACCCACUCUUGACCUGAUUGACCAGGCUCGCCUCCAUCGCCAUCGCCAUCGCCAUUGCCCUCCUCCCUCCUCCCUCCUCCUCGUCCCGCCGGCACCGCGCCAGACACACCCACGUCCUUGAUCUCUCACGUACGUAUAUAAACCUCGCCUCAUCUCACUACCGUCCCGGCGCGCGCCGCUUCUUGGCCAUGGGGCGCGUGAAGCUGCCGAUCAAGAGGAUCGAGAACAACAACAACCGGCACGUCACCUUCUCCAAGCGCCGGAACGGCCUCAUCAAGAAGGCAUACGAGCUCUCCGUCCUCUGCGACAUCGACAUCGCACUCCUCAUGUUCUCCCCAUCGCGCCGCCUAUGCCCCUUCUCCGGCCGCCACGGGGUGGAGGACGUGCUUCUCCGGUACCUCAACAUGUCCGACCACGACAGGGGCGAACCCAUCCAGAAUCGGGAGUACCUCAUCAGCAUGCUCCAGAGGCUCAAGCGCGAGAGUGACAUGGCCACACAGCUAGCAAACCCGGGGGCACUGAACGAGAAGAUAGAGGAGAUUCAGCAAGAGAUAUACGCCUCCCAGCAGCAGCUGCAAAUCUCCGAGGAACGCCUCAGGCUGUUCGAGCCUGAGCCCGCGGCGUUCGGCUCCACGAACGAGAUCGACGGCUGCGAGAAGUUCCUCAUGGACAUGCUCACCCGCGUCGUUGACAGAAAGAAUUACCUGCUGAGCAAUCACAUGUCGUUCGACCCGACGGCUCCCGGGAUGCAGAUUGCCUUAUCAAUGGCGAUGCGAUAUGCAGGGGCCGAACGGCGCGCCGAUGUACGUGCACCCGGCGCAGGCGGAAGGCAUGGGCUCCUUCGCCAGCGACGCCGCGCUGUGGGCCGCGGAGGCCGGGCCCAGCUCCGGCCACCAUAUCUUCGGCGCCACCGACCCCAUGAUCUACCUCAGGGACCAGGAUGUGUACGACGCCAACACGCAGGUGGCCGGGCUGCACGGCGGCGGCGGCGACCCGUGCGGCGGCGCAAGCGACGUCGCGGGGAGCAGCAGCCAGGCGGACGCGUGGCGGCAGGCCUACACCUGCACGGAGCUGCUGUCCACGCUCAUCCCCAACGCGCCAUUCCCUCUGAUGCAGCACUGCCUGGGCCCCGACGACCAGUACCUGCAGGCGAUGCCGCCGGCCGAGAUGGUGGUGCCGGCAGCGGCGCAGGACCAGGUGGAGGCGUCGGCCAGCUGCUCCUACAACAUGCCCACCAGUGACGAGACCGGCACGCCCGUCCUGGCCUACGACAGCGGCGCCGUGCCCGUGCCGCCGCCCAACAUCGCCUGAGCUGAGCUGAGUUCCUGACCAGUGAGCCAUGAACUAACCAUGUUACCAUGACGAUCAAGGUCAUCAACUAUAUACUACUAUACCUAUAGCUUAGCUAGUGGUAGCACACUAGAACCAAAAGCCAAUAAUAUACUCUCUUAUCUUUUAAUAACGGGAGCAAUAAGAUACUGAAAUUUCUUUGCUACUA